AUGAGGAAGAUGACGACGGAGCCUGGGGGGGGUGGUGGUGGUGGUGGAGGGGGCUUGAAUGAGGGCUGGGAUGACACCCACACACCGUGUGGAACUCCUCCAGAGUCGCGAGAAGUGAGCGCAGAGGGAAGGAGGCGGCACGGGGACCACGGGCCGAGUACACACGCGUGGCGGCGGGGGGGGUGGGCUCCUGCCCGCUUCGCGGCUGCGCUCCGUCGCGGCCGCCCGGAGAGCCCAAUGAGCGAGCGAGCCAUGGACCUGCUGCGCCAGUCGUCUCUGCGGCUGUCGGUAGAGGUCCUGGACGCGCUGGAGCGCGGCCCCGGCGAGAAGCAGCUCGUGACGCAGGCCAAGGCCCUCUGCCGCGACUACAUCAACUGGCGGCUGCUGCGCGCGGGCCUGGGCUGGGGCAAGGCCGAGUCGUCGGCACACUCCUGCAGCAAGUUCACCGAGGUGUCCAACACCGUGCUGCUGCUCGGUGACGAGCUGGAAUACAUGUACCCGAGCCUCUACCGCAACGUGGACAAGCACCUGGGCCUCUCGGUGGCGUCUGAGGCAGCCGUGACGGAGGCUCUGCAGGCCGUGGCUCACGUCUUGUUCGGCACAGGCAUCACGUGGGCAAAGGUGGUGUCGCUGCUCGCCGUGUCGGCGGGCCUGGCCGUGGACUGCGUGACGCAGGGCCAGCCGGCUACGGUCCACGCGCUCGUCGACUGCGUGGGCGACGUCUUCAGCGCGACGCUCGUGCCCUGGAUCCGCGCCCGCGGGGGAUGGGCAGAUAUGGUGAACACCAUGACCUGCCGGCGCAGCUCGCCUGCUUACUACUGGCUCCUGGCCACCGUUGGCGCUGCCGUGGGCAUCCUGGGUCCACUGCUCGUGCCGCGUCGUACUGGCAAAUGACGACCGACCCCACCACCCCCCGCCUAUCGCCCCUCCGGCUUCACCCAGAGGAAGGAUGGGGUUGUAUACAGCUUCACUUAAUUUAAAAACAGACAAUGGUUGCAGGGUUUUUUUUUUGGUGUUUUUGUUUUCAACGACCGAGCAUCGCCUACUCAAGGCUCUCCGGAAGGAGACGUUUAAAUUAUGCAGACCCGAGACUGGCGACAUGCAAACAAGAGACCUCCCUAAUCGCCUUCCUCCCGCUGUGCCUACGCGCCAAGAUUAACCCACGAUGGACGCAGGGCUACAUGCCCGGGGACCCGGUGCCUCGUGAGCGAUUGCUGAACCAUCAAAUGAGAUCGAACAAGGUGUGUGUGGAUUCCAUGGGGUGUUCAGAGUGGAAGGUUCAUCGUCAAGGGCCUGACGUAGUCCACCACAAGAGGCCAUGACGUGGAGGAUUCACCGUGAAGAGCCAGGUUUGGAGGGCCCAGACGGGGAGGGAUGAGCUUAGAAGGCCAUGCCAAGGAGGAUGCUUCCUAUUGGGGUCCGAGUGUUGAAGCACUAGGUUUGGGGAGCAGGGCAUCAACGUUCUAGCUUGCAGAGCAUUAUGUGGAGGAAUCCUUGUGAAGGCAUGAAGAUGCCACCUUGAGAAGCAUUGCGUGAAGGUCCCAACGUAGAUGCUGGAUCUACUGUGGAGUGCUCUACGUGGAGAGCAAGGCUGCUGACUCGGUCAUCCUAAUGGGUGACCUUUACAAGACAUUUGGCAAUGGCAGGAAUGGAAAAUAUAAUUUGAAAUACUGUAAAAUGUGAUGAUAAAACAGUGUUUAACAUACUGUAUACGUAUGUACACACAUACACAGGAAUUGAUUAUAACGCCUCUAGUAGGGCUGCAAAAUCAUGAAAUACAACACGCACUUGUCAAAAAAUAUAGAUUUUUAUGCACAUGAUUUGAUGUGUAUAUCAUGGGCUUAAGAAUUUAUAUAAAUUAACAUUUGUGUAGUACCUCCCAUGAGAGCUUCCACAAUGGUGUUAUGGUUGGCACACUAGAUUUGUAAUCCAGAGGUUGGUGUGUUUGAUUCAAGUUUCUAGCGCAGUAGUGGAAAAAAAUGGGGCAAGUUUCUUAAAUCCUCCCCACUUCACCACCGCCUCUGUCUACCCAGCAGUAUGAUUGGUUACAGCCCAGUUAGUCUAUGAUCGGCAGGUCACGAGUGGUGAGGUAAAGCGUGGGUACACCCAACUCUUACAACCCAUCUGGUCAGUGUGGUAUAGUACACCAAAUAUAUUCUCGGGCUUCUACUCUUUCUGCCGUAUGACGGGAAAAGCUGACCAUGGGAUGUCUAAUUUGGCGAUCCACUUCGGUGGCUUCUUGAGCUGCCAAUUGGAGAAAUUAAAUGGCUCCAACAACAAGUCCUCAGUGGGCAGUUGAUGCGCUAUGAUCCCAUGGUCUGGUGUCACAUCCCUCGCCUUCCACUUGUGAAGCUGGUGACCACUGCCUCAUUGCCCCUCCGCGUCCCAUUGUGCGGAUUCGGUUGAGUGCCGUCCACUGUCUGAGGUCGAAGCCAGGAACCUCCGCUGUUGGGGUUAGUGAUGAGGCAUCUGUUCUUUACGUUGUAUCCCGCGAUUCCAUUCAUCCGGAUAGCUCGGUGCCAGCUGCGUGGAUACCCUCUGCUGUUUCCCAGAACGGAUGGUGUGAUCAUAGGCACGUUCACUGUGGGGUUGUUCAGGACUUUGUUGAUCGGAGGUCAUAGUUUGGUUUUUAUUUUUUUCCACGGAUGGUCGGACAAUGUGGAACAGCACUGGGAGCCACUCAGUUGGAGUGGACUUAAGCGUCCCUGACAACGUUCUUCUAAUAGUGGAGGCAGCAGUAUGAGCAAGAAAUUGCAGGGCUGCACCUUUACCUUUAACCACCCAUAGCACAUUUAUUUCGACCUAUGCAGACACAUACUGCUUAUUUCUGAAUGCAGAUGGAUGUCCUUUCAAACAAGGUAAUUAAAACAUGUCGACAUGCAUUCACCUACAAGUUUACAGGUGCACAUGAUUUACACCUGGAUGUAGUUUUUAAGUGUAUGUAGCUUUUACAUACAUGUGUUAAUUGCAUGGUGUUACAGGUGCGCAGGUGUACAUAAAAAAACAGGAAGUGUACGCGUUACAGGUGUGUGGGUGUACAAAGUUGUGGUAGCUAUGUGUACAUGCGUAACAGUUGUGCAAAAGUAUGUGUACAGGGUAAUUGUAUAAAGGUGUAUAGGUAUCUGUGUACACAUGUACAGGUGAAGAUGGGAGGUGGUCCUAAGAUGGCAGAAAAGCAAUGCAUUUUUAAAUAUAUCCUUAUGGGGUUUUGUUGGUCUUCACGGGAUACUCCAGUUUCCUUCCACAUGCCCAACACUCAUUAAAUGGUCAUCAAGAAUCAUGUUGCCGGCAUGAAGACAACUUAAAUUAUGACCGUGUACAUUUUCCUAAAACCGAAAAAUCUUUCAACUCAGACAUUUGUGUAUCCUGAACUUAUCCCUCCAAACAUUCCAAUGCAGGGCCCUCUCCUUUCAAACAUAUUCUCAAGACUCCUCGAGGCUUACACACGUGGAACAAGGGGGGGGGGGGGCAUUCUCAUUUAGGUAUAUGUGCAUGAACAGGGGGCAUUAUUAUUAUUGUUGUGUGUGCAAGAGCACACAGGUGGAGAUGUAAAAGCUGUACUGUACGUGCGUCAAGGCAUUUGUGUUCCAACUGCUCGUGCAGCACGUGUGCAGGUAUCGGCCACGAUGCUCUGAGGGGUCAUGUCCCCCGGGCUACUGGACGAUGGUAUGCCACAGGUUCCGAUGCUGACGAAGGAUGUGAAUGUGUGUAAGCCAAAACAAAUAAAAGUCAUGGGCCUUGAGAAAAACCAUAA